CCACCGGCCAAUAUUGAAGUGAAUUGAUUCUCUAGGGCUAGAUUCUGGUUUAUACGCUUGUCGACGUUCAGACUCAUGAAUCAUCCAUACAUCCAUUAGAGUUUAACAGAUGAAGCUCAAGCAAUUAGAAAGUCUACUUGGUAAUCUUCAACAAUUCGACAAUCCUAAGAUUGAGCUGGAACAAUACCCAACUGGAGCGCACAUUGCUUCUCGUAUGCUCUACACGGCAGAGAAUUCAUUUGGGGAUGUGAGCAACAAAGUAGUAGCGGAUUUCGGAUGUGGGUGUGGCACAUUAGGUCUUGCUGCUACUCUCCUCGAUGCAGAACAUGUGAUUGGCCUAGAUGUUGAUGACGAGUCCCUUGAAAUUGCAUCAAUUAACGCGGAGGAUCUUGAGGUCGAAAUGGGUUUAAUUCAAUGCGAAAUCAAGAACUUAAGAUGGCAAGGCCAAAUUGUUGAUACCGUUGUAAUGAACCCUCCAUUUGGAACGCGAAAAAAAGGUGCUGACAUGGAGUUUCUGUCCACCGCAUUGAAGGUUGCUUCUCAAGCCGUUUACUCGUUACACAAGACAACAACACGAGAACAUAUCAAAAGAGCGGCAUUGCGAGAUUAUGGUGCUAGCAGCGCGGAGGUUUUAUGCGAGCUUCGAUACGAUCUCCCAAAACAAUACAAAUUUCACAAGAAAAAAGACGUUGAUAUCGCUGUGGACUUGUGGCGGUUCGUUCCUAAACCAAAACAUGAAUCUUCUUCAUGACGAAAACUCUUGCAUCGAUCGCUCAUAAAAUUUGUUGAUUUAUGUAAUUCUGAUGUUCGUGUUCAUAUUAAUCUUGGAUUUUAUGGAAGGAUUUUGAAUUUUUGGAGUGUUUGGUUUGUAGGGUUUGGAAUCGAAUUGAAAUUAUAUGGAUUGUAGAGUUCAAGAAAAUUAUUUAAGAAUUAUAAUUACUAGGGA